AUGCACCUUUUCCGGCAAUCUCUCACCGGACGAGCAAAGAAAUGGCUAAAGCAAGUAAAGCCUAACUCUCUCACACCAUGGAGGGAGGUUGUAAAGGCAUUCUUGAAACGCUUUAUCUCCGAAGAGAAGACCGCCGAAAUGAGAAGGAAAAUUGCAUCAUUUGAGCAAGAGGCCGAUGAAAGUCUUGGUGAAGAAUGGGAGAGAUUCACAGAGUUGGUGCCAGCAUGUCCCCACCAUGAGUACAAUCAAGGGUUGCUCAUGCGGUUUUUCUACGACGGAUUGGAGCCCAUGUCAAGAGCCAAUUUGGAUGCGGGGGCAGGUGGUCAAUUAAUCAAGAUCCCUCAAAAUCAAUUUAAAGCCACAAUAGAAGAGUUCCUCAAAGAUAUUCUCACCAACAAGAGGAAGCUCAAUGACGAGCUUAUCACCCUUCCACAUCAAGUGAGUGCUCUUGUCCAACAUAAGGUGCCCAAGAAGGAAAAAGACCCGGGAAGUUUCACUUUGCUGGUGGAAAUUGGGAACAUGGAAGCUAGGGGCACCUUAGUCGAUCUUGGAGCAAGUGUUAGUUUAAUUCCUCUAUCAAUUGCUCAAAAACUCAAUAUUGAGAUGAUCCCUACAAGGAAGACAAUUCAAUUGGCCGAUCAAUCGGUGAAAUUACCUUGUGGAGAGCUUGAGGAUGUUCCAAUUCAAGUGGGACACAUCUACGUGCCUUGUGACUUUGUAGUGAUGGAUAUGGAGGAAGAUUUUAAUACUAAUUUGAUUUUGGGACGUGAAGCUCUUAAAACUUUGGGGGCGGUCAUCAAUUGCAAGAACAACACCAUCACUUGUGAAGUGGCCGAUGAAAAGAUCGUCUUUGAAUUUUCAAAGUUUCUCAUGACCCCCAUGGUUGAAAACUCUUUAGAGUUGAUGUUGUAA